GCGAUGCCAUGCCACACGACGCGAGGCUUCUUCAGGCGCUUAAUUACCGGACUUUGAGCUGGUGCAGUUUACACGUGAGUUCGGAGCCAUUCCCUUCUGGAGGUGCGCGUGCGCUCUGGUUUCGCACAAAGUGCUCUGGCAAAGUGGCAGUCUAGGAAAGCAGGCAUCAUUCUGAAGUGCAGCGCCACCGGAUAAACGCACGCUGUGCAGUGUCUCUUCAUUCACUGGAGUUGGAUUUAAAACUCUUGCAAGCCAAAGAAGUUUGAAUAGCAGGAUUUUUAAAAAAAAAACAAGUAAUGGAUGAAAGAAUACCACGCCUUCAGGAGAGGCAGUACAUUGAUCACGCAGACUUCUUGGGGGUGGAAUAUUCGUCUCUUUAUAUGUGCAAAUCUAAAAGAGGGAUGAAGCGCGAAGACGGAAAGGACGCUUAUAAAUUGCCACAUCGCCUGAUAGAGAAGAAGAGACGAGACAGAAUUAAUGAAUGUAUCGGACAGCUUAAAGAUUUGUUACCUGAACAUUUGAAACUGACGACCCUUGGGCAUUUGGAGAAAGCGGUUGUUCUUGAGUUAACUUUGAAGCACUUAAACGCCUUGACUGCUGUGACCGAGCAGCAGCACCAGAAGAUAAUCGCUUUGCAGAACGGUGAUCGGUCGAUGAAAUCUUCCUUCCAGGCCGAUCUGGAGGCUUUCCACUCGGGCUUUCAGGCGUGUGCCAAAGAGGUCCUGCAGUACCUGAGCAAGUUCGAGAACUGGACUACUCGGGAGCAGAGGUGCUCGCAGCUCGUCAGCCACUUGCAUAAAGUUUCUGGGCAGUUUCAGCCCGAUGCGCAGCUCCUGCAGCAUCAGCUGCAGGACCGCGAUGGUCCCAAAGGAGACGGUCAGGCGAACUGUGUACCGGUCAUUCAGAGGACUCAGAACCCAGAACUGAACGAGAACGAUACUGACACUGACAGUGGAUAUGGCGGCGAGGCGGAGAGAAAUGAGGGGAAGCUUGGCUCGGAUAAAGGCUCUGAGAGCGGCAGGGUGCAGGAGUCGAAAGGUGUCAAGAUCAAACAGGAAUUCGGGGAUGACCGCGCUGCCAAGAAACCAAAGAUGAGCUGGAGUGGGAAUGGUGUGGCAAGUGCAGACCCAGCAAGCCGUCCCGAUCUGGCUUUCAUGAACUCACUGAUGGGAAUCACUGGUAUUGGACAGCAAACUCCCUUUUGCAUGCCUUUCUACUUCAUUAACCCCUCGGCAGCAGCGUCCUACAUGCCUUUAUUUGAUAAAAGUAACCUGGAGAAGUAUGUGUACCCGGCAGCCGCGGCUGCGCUCAGCAGCCCUUUCCCAUGGCUCUACCCGGGGCUCCCCGCACAGGCGGCCGCAGCAGCAGCAGCUUUUCCGGGGCUGGCGACAGACAAGAGCAGCGGAUUCAGCAUGACCUCACAGAGAAAAGACUGUCCGAGUCCCAGUGAGGAUGUGUCGAACGACGCGGAAUGUGGAUCUCCCGCGGAAGAGGACCAGGAUCACGAGAAUGAUAAUGACGAGGAUGAGACCCUCCGAAACGAAAAUGACGGUACAUAAUCAUUUGGUUUUUUUCCUCUUUUUUGCCUGUAUAAAGACCAUAUUUAUCGUUGUUAGCUUAAUUUAAGUUCAUUCAACAUUCAGUGUAGUGUUUCUGAGAUUUUUUGGAAAGCUUUGUUUUUAUUAUUAUUUUCAUAUUUUUUUAUUCAAAGUAGCUUCAAGAUUGGUUCACAUCUGAAUUGGUCAUUGACUUUGGGGAGGUUGGGGGACGUUGUAACAAUCUGUGCCUUUUGCACUUUAUCCAUGAUAUAUUUGAAUGAUAAUCGACUUUGAUUGACUUCAGCAACUUACAUAUGUUAUCUAGUCCAUCCAGAUGUGAUUGUUUAUCAAAAUGUUUGAAUUUCUGGGAAUUUGCUUUUUUUUUAUCUACUUAGGACACUUUAUAUAGUGCAAUAUAUGAUUUAGAACUUACUCUUUACCCAGCUGCAGCUAUUCUUUUAUUUUAAUUAACUUACUGUAUGGGACACUUGGAUGUAUCAUACUGACCUCAACUAGGGUGUUUACCAUCGAAAUUGCCACAGUAUUUGUCAUUGAUGCCUCUUGCACAUGUAACUGUGUUGCAUUUGUAAUUUACCAGACCGUUCAGGCUUUCCUCAGUGCUUGAAUGCAGUUACUUAUAUACCUCAACAGGAGUUCUUGAAUGGGAUUGAUAAUGAGGAGGGUUAACUGGCGAACUCAGUACAGGUUAUAAGACAUUUGUAAUUGGACAAGCCUUUAGUAACAAUCCUCUGAUUCGCUGUUACGGCUGCCCCCUUACCCUCCCCAACCACCGAUUCUGGUCUAUUGUCAUCAAUAAUUUGUUUUGUGUUCUUGAAAAUGUCCAUACCCCCCUUCCCUCCCCCUCCCAUGCAAAUGAUCUGAGCAUAUAGGACGCAGCCUAUGGCACCCUAUCUAAAGAGUCCUUGUGACCUGAAGUUGUUGUUUGACCCCGGCCCCCUAUAGCCCCCACCUCACUGCAAGUGUUAGACUACUGUGUCCUCUGUGGACAGGCAUCUCUGACAGGCAUCAGGCCCAAAUGACUUGCACCUCCAGCAAAAACAUACAAGGUAUAUUAGCACCUUAUGGAACUUUGAUAUUGAAUGUAUUAUAUAUGUGUUUUUUUUCCGUAGAUAUGAAAGUUUGUAUAUACUCUGAUACAGAUCUAGUUCUUUGCUCUGAGAGGUAAAGUGCACUUGUUCAUGCCUUCUCCUUCUGUGUUCUCCUCACUCUUUGGUUUCCUGUGAUUGGUUGUUCAUCUGAAGUGUACUAUAAUUUCAUGGCAAAAGUCUACGCCACCAAGGCAACCAUCCCAGUAUGUAUAUCUGUGUAUAUAUGGAAACCAUGAUACCAAGCAGCUUAUUAUGUUGAUUUUAUUAGGAUGGCAUCCCCAUGUCUGUCCCACAGGUGCUGAUAUUAAGCUUUCUUUCAUUCUCACCACCCAAAGACAGAAAAAAAAGGACUCUUUCUCCAAGAAUAUUUGAUCUCAUUGGAAAAUCAUUCAAAUCACUGUUCAGUACUAAUAUGACCUCCCUAACUUGUUUAAUCCAUGUAGCAAACCAGUAUCAUGUUCCAGCAUGUCCACAAAUGUGCAUACAGGCGCUAGCACUAGACAAAGUUGAAUGAGUAAGUACGGUAGGUGAAGAGCGAUGCCAUUCUGAAGACUGUCAUCAGACGUUCUUGUGUUCUGACAAAGUGAUGUGUUUUUUAAACGAGUGUGGAGUUAUUUUUUUGCUGGAUAGGAGAUGAGAUACAGAAAUUGCCAUUUUAUUUUUUGCAGGCUCAGUUCUGCUUUUAAAGCUUCUGUUUAGAUCCUCUGCUGUCAAUUGCCCGGAGCAGUGGCAUGUCUGUGUAAAUAGUCUGUGAAUAUGCUACAAAUACUGUAUGUCUAAUGUUUAUGUGGUAGAAGAAAUCUCUGGAUUUUUUAAAGGAUUAAACAGAGCAACUGUUGCACAUUUCGUUAAUGCUUUACACAAUUGCUGUUCUAAAUUAUUGCAGUAAAGUUGUCAAAUAAAAACAAAAAUAUUAAGACUA